UUGUACCCCGCCCGUCUGUGGCCGGACCGUGCGCUGCCCGCGCGAUGCCUCCCCACCCAACUCCGACUUUUGCUGCUGCUGCUGCUGCUGCUGCUGCUCCCUAAAGAGCUGGCCAAGGACGGGCAUGGAUGCGAUGAGCCGGUGGAGUGGAGGUGGGCAAGAUCUUGCCUGGUUCCAGUUCCAGCUUGCUCAGACCAGCUUCCUCUGCCGAAGAGGACAUGCCUUGCCAAACGGGGGUCUAAGAAACUGGUGCUCAUACAUGGUGACGCGGACGGUCUCCUGCCAUGUCCAGAAUGGCACCUUCCUGCAGAAAGUGCUGCACAGCUGCCGCUGGCCCCUGCGCUGCCCAGGGAACAGCUACAAGACGGUGGUGAGACCCACCUACAAGGUGAUGUACAAGACGGUGACCAGCCUGGAGUGGAAGUGCUGCCCAGGCCACGUGGGGACCAACUGUGAGGAAGAUGUGGCUCGCACCCUGGACUUCUCGGCCACCGCCCACCGGGGCCCUGGCCCUCGCAGCCCCGUGCUCCAGCUCAGCGCUACCUCAGGGUGUCUGAACUGCAGCAAGGUGGUGGAGCUGACGGAGCGACUGAAGGUGCUGGAGUCUAAGGUGGCUGUGCUGUCAAUGCCUGGUCUCCCACCCAGGGGACCCCUCAACGGCAAGGGGAUGGCAGUACCUGCCUCUGCCCCUCCUUGGGGGUCACCUGUUGUUCACGAGAGCCCUGGGGAGGAAGGCCCCAAAGGGAGGCUGGGGCCCCCGGGCCCUUCGGGCCCAAAAGGAGAUGCUGGGGAGCCAGGGCCAUCUGGGGCCCCUGGGCUGAAGGGAUCUGCCGGCUCACCGGGGCUGCAGGGCCCUCCUGGGCGCCCAGGUCGGGAUGGUGCCGUAGGCUCUCCAGGAGAGAGGGGUCCCCCUGGGCCCCAAGGUCCACCUGGUCCCCCUGGCCCCAUCAAGCCGCCCUACUCCCAGAGCUUCGAGCAGGGAGACUCGUUGCUGUCCAACACCUUCACGGAAGCUGGAGGUCGGGGCCUCCGGGGCCCCGUGGGGCCCAGGGGUCUUCCCGGGCCAAAGGGCCCCCCAGGCACCCCUGGGCCCGAGGUGAGUGAUAGCCGGGAAACCGAUUCCUCCCCCGACACGCCUUCAGACGCUGGGGCUCCUCUAGGGGCUGAGCCUGCCUCCAUCCCCUGGGGAUUCGGGACAGGGUGAAGCUGAGGCCCUGGACCGUGGUGGUGGAAG